UCUGUUCAGGUAAAAGCAGAGAGAGAGAGAGCAAUGGAAACUCUUCUUCUUCAAUCAUGUCUUCAUCCCAUUUUGUUCGGUGGUUGCGUCCUUGUCCUGAUCUUCCUUCUCCACAAAUGGCUGCUUUCCAAUCAAAACACAUCAAAAGCCUCACCCCCAUCUCCGCCAAAGCUUCCAAUCUUCGGCCACCUUUUGAAGCUUGGCCGCCUUCCUCAUAUCACUCUCCAAAACUAUGCUCGCCGCUAUGGUCCUCUGUUUCUCCUUCACUUGGGCACCAAGCCCACCAUCGUGGUCUCUUCUCCCCAACUGGCUCGUGAUAUCAUGAAGACCCACGAUCUUACCUUUGCCAAUCGACCCAAAUCAAGCAUGGCUGAUAAGCUUCUUUAUGGGUCAAAAGAUAUAGCGAUGUCUCCUUAUGGUGAAUAUUGGAGGCGGAUGAGAAGCAUCGGCGUGCUCCGUCUUUUAAGCCACAACAGUGUCCAAUCGUUUCGUUGUGUUAGAGAACAAGAAGUGAAGGCCAUGAUCGACAACAUCCAACACAAUCCAAUUUCGGUUAAUUUGACUGAACUCUUCUCUCGACUGACCAACGACGUGAUUUGCAGGGUGGCUUUUGGGAGAAAAUAUGGGAUUGGUCAAGAUGGGUCGAAGCUUAGGUCCCUUCUCUUGCAAUUUGGGGAGUCAUUGGCGAGUUUUAUCAUUCGAGACUACGUUCCAUUGCUGGGUUGGAUCGAUGGCGUUUCUGGGUUCGACGUCAAAGCGAAGAGGGUAGCCAAAGAGCUGGACGUUUUGUUAGAUGAAGUGAUUGAAGAUCAUAUUCAUUUACAGAACAGAGCAGAGCUCAAGGACUUGAUGGAUAUUCUACUCUCUAUCCAAGCAGAGAACUCCACUGGCUUCCCCCUUCAAAUGGGGAGCAUAAAAGCUUUAAUCUUGGACAUGUUUGCAGCAGGCGUAGACUCGACGUACGCAGCAUUAGAAUGGGCAAUGUCAGAAUUGUUGAAACACCCAGAAAGCAUGAAGAAAUUGAAGGGUGAGAUGAGGGAAAUAAUGGGUGGGAAAGGCUAUGUGGGGGAGGAGGAUGUAGAAAAGAUGCAUUACUUGAAGGCAAUAAUCAAGGAAACGUUGCGGCUACACCCACCACUCCCGCUUCUGUUCAGAGAAUCGAGUCAAUCCAUUAAGGUGAAGGGAUACGAUAUUAAUCCCGGCACUCGGGUUAUGAUCAAUGUAUGGGCCAUAGGAAGAGACCCAGAGGUGUGGGAAGAAGCAGAGGAGUUUCGACCGGAGAGGUUCAUGACGAGUUCGAUGGAUUUUAAGGGUCAGAAUAUGGAGUUGAUCCCGUUCGGUGCAGGGCGAAGAGGGUGUCCUGGAAUUGCGUUUGCAAUGGCAAUGAUUGAGAUGGCUUUGGCGAAUGUGGUGCAUAAAUUUGAGUGGAAGUUGCCGAAUGGAGCAGCCGGGGAGGAUUUGGACAUGACUGGAGUGUUUGGGUUAGCCAUUCAUAGGGAGUUUCCACUUGUGGCAAUCGCAACUUCUUGUUGUUAGAGGGACUCGACGUCGAACCUGAUAGUACGUAGACAUAAACUGUUUAUC